AGAGUCUCAAUGCUACCCCGGUGGGUACAGAGAUGCAUUCGUGGCGACGAUCACUUCCCAUCCGUUGGGUUAGUACCGAGUACCCGUCUUCGAAGAGCUGAUGUACCGAGCAACAUAAACCUGGGGAGGUUGGGUAGUACUUCCUUCUUUUACCUCCAUUUUCCAAAAGCUCCAAUGCUCAGCCUUGCGCAAUGACUGUGUCCAGGUUCUGUCAAGUUCUGUGGACAACCAUCUUCCUCCUAUCCCCCUUGACAUUGGGCGAAGGAAUCAGCCACGAUCAAGUCAGGCGGGAUCGAGCUCACUUCGAUUAUGUCAUACUGGGCGGGGGAACAGCCGGCCUGGUCAUUGCGGGGAGACUCUCGGAAGAUCCUAACGUCACGGUGGCCGUCGUCGAAGCUGGCAACUUCGAAAGAAACAAUCCCAAUGUGACCAACGCGAGUGCGUUGGGCCUCGCAAAGGACACCCGUGUCGACUGGCAGUAUUUGAGCGAGCCACAAAUCUACGGCGGCAAUCAGAGUCUCAUAUGGAGCGCCGGCAAGGGCCUGGGCGGAUCAAGCCUGAUCAAUGGAAUGACAUACAUCCGCCCUGCCAGUGCCCAAAUCGACUUGUGGCCUUCUCUCGGUCUGGAGCUGAACUGGACCGAUCUCUUCACCUUCUCGAAGAAAGGGGAGCACUUCCAACUUCCAUCGUCCAACCUCACCGCCCUGGGCGCCUCUUAUCAAUCUUCGGCUCAUGGAUUCAGCGGACCGCUGUCGACAUGCUUCAGUCCGCACAUCACGACGGGUGACAUCCAUGAAAUCUUCAACAGCACCUUCCAAACGCUGGGCAUUCCGCCGCGGCGUGAAUUCGAUGGUGGCCAGCUCCAUGGCUAUGGCGUCCAAGCAGUAACACAAGAUGGCCAUGCUGACGUUCGGGAGGAUGCUGCGCGGGCGUAUUACUAUCCCGUGAUGAACCGCACGAAUCUCGUCGUGUUCGUCAACACGACGGCCACACGCAUCAUUUGGUCGGCACGGGACAGCCCCAGUGGAAACGCAGUAGCUUCCGCCGCCGAAGUGGUCAGCAACAACGACGGCCAGGUCUCGACCAUCGAAGCCGGUCGAGAAAUCAUCCUCUCGGCCGGUGCGAUCAGAAGCCCUGCGAUUCUGGAACAUUCGGGGGUCGGCAACCCCUCCAUCUUGUCGGCACUGUCGGUCGACGUCAAGAUCCCCCUCCCCGCGGUGGGCGAGAAUUUCCAGGAUCAAACCACCCUCGCCGUCUCCGCGAGCAUCAACAGCACCGUCGUGAAGCAGAACUUCACCGGCCUGCCGGCCUUCGUGGCACACGUCAACCUGCACGAUCUCUUCGGCACGAACACGUCGUCCUUCUACAACGCCACGCGGGCCAAACUCCCCCAGUAUGCCGCUGCCAUAGCCGCCCAAAACGGCGGGGCCAGCAACGCCUCUGUCCAACAACGCCUCCUCCAAACCCAACUCGACCUGCUCUUCCAGACCAACACCCCGGCCUCCGAGGUCGUCCCCCUUGGCCUCGCCAACCUCGUCGGGGCCGUCUUCUGGCCGCUGCAACCCUUCAGUCGCGGAAGCGUGCACAUCAACAGCACGAACCGGACCGCCCCGCCGGCCAUCGACGCCAAAUUCUUCCAGUUCGACUUUGACGGCGCCAUGACCGUCGCGACGGCCAAGUUUUCGCGCACCUUCGUGACGACCCCGCCCAUGUCCAGCCUCGUCAACGGCUCAACCAUCAAUCCCAGUUUCGCCCGCGUGCCGGAAAACGCGAGUGACGCCGUGUGGCUGGACUGGAUCAAGACGGCCUCGUCCUACCAGCCCAAUUAUCAUCACCUGGGCACGUGUGCCAUGUUGCCGAGGGACAUGGGCGGGGUCGUGGACAACGCGUUUAGGGUGUAUCGGACCGAGAACGUCAGGGUGGUGGAUUUGAGCGUGAUUCCGUUGCAGGUUGCGGGACACUCGACGGCACUGUUGUACGGGGUUGCCGAGUGGGCGGCGCAGAAGAUCAAGGGGGGGAUGACCGUAUGA